AACUAGGAAAUAUAUCAUACCUGCCUUGACUGAAACUCGUCUAAAAAAAAAAAAUGUACUCCAUCAAGUUUUCAUUUUUCAAGAACCUUUUCUUCUUCUUCUUCCGCCUUUUAUUCAGAAACCCAAAGGGUACAACUCUUCACAGAUAUGCAUCUCUGUCAAAAUACCAGAAAUAUAUCUAUAACCCAUCUGAUCUCCUCCGCAGAACCGACCCGUCAACUCAGACUCUGAUGUUUAGUGUGGAAGGAGCUCUUCUUAAAUCAUCUUCUUUGUUUCCUUACUUCAUGCUGGUGGCGUUUGAAGCUGGAGGACUGAUACGGGCUUUUCUGCUCUUUGUUUUGUAUCCUUUGAUCUGUUUGGUUGGAGAGGAAAUGGGGUUGAAGAUAAUGGUUAUGGUGUGCUUCUGCGGGAUUAAGAAGAAGAGUUUCAUAGUGGGAAGGAGUGUUUUGCCAAAGUUCUUGUUGGAGGAUGUUGGGAUGGAGAUGUUUGAGGUGGUGAAGAAAGGAGGGAAGAGAGUGAUUGGUGUAAGUAAAAUGCCUGGGGUUAUGGUUGAGAGUUUUCUGAAAGAUUAUCUGGAGAUUGAUCUGGUUGUGGGAAGAGAGCUUAAGGUCAUCAAUGGCUACUUUGUUGGAAUCAUGGAGGAUAAAAAGGACUUGGUUGCUUUAGACGAGAUUCUUGAAGCAAACAAGGAUGGUCAUGUUGUUGGCAUCUCUUCCUUUGACAAAUCCUUAGACAACCUCCAUUUCUUCUCUCGCUGCAAGGACAUUUACUUGGUGAGAAAAUCAGACAAGAGAAGCUGGCAACACCUACCCAGAGAAAAAUACCCUAACCCACUUAUUUUCCACGACGGAAGACUCGCCGUCAAGCCGACCCCCUCCGCCAUUCUCGCCAUUUUCAUGUGGAUCCCAUUUGGCCUCCCUCUCUCCAUUUUCAGAAUCUUCAUCGGUUUGACUUUCCCAUAUGAUCUCGCCCUCCCCAUCUGCUCUUACUCUGGUCUGCGUCUCACCGUAUCAAAACCCAUCACUCCCCCCGCCUCAAAAAACAACACUAAAGGCCUUCUCUACGUCUGUAACCACAGAACCCUUGUGGACCCUCUUUAUCUCUGCUUUGCAUUAAAGAAAAAUCUAACCGCGGUCACCUACAGUCUCAGUAGAUUAUCCGAGAUCUUGGCUCCAAUCAGGACCGUCCGAUUAACCCGUAACCGGGUUGAUGACGGCAAGAUGAUGGAAAGACUACUCAAUCAAGGGGACCUCGUCGUUUGCCCGGAAGGGACGACAUGCAGAGAACCAUAUCUAUUGAGAUUCAGUCCGUUGUUUGCUGAAAUGGGUGAUGACAUUGUCCCUGUCGCCAUGAACACUGACGUCAGCAUUUUCCAUGGAACUACCGCCAGUGGACUCAAAUGCUUUGACCCUUUCUUCUUCUUCAUGAACCCUAGACCCAUCUACACCGUCCAGUUGCUUGACCGUGUGUCAGGGUCGUCGAAAAGUCAUGAUGACGGACAGUCGAGAUUUGAUGUUGCGAAUUUCGUGCAGAGUGAAAUUGCCAGAGAAUUAGGGUUUGAAUGCACCAAGCUGACAAGGAGAGAUAAAUACCUGGUUUUAGCAGGGAACAAUGGAGUAACAUCUAAUGCCAGUCACAAGCAACAAUAAUAAUGAUUCUCCAUUGAAGUGUCGUGAAAGAUUUCAUGAUCAUCAUCAACAGCUAGCUUGAAUAUUAGUUAACUAAACUUGUUUAUAAUAUAUAUAAUUAUAUAUAUAUAUAGAUGGUUUCCAUGAAUGUUAAUAUGCGUGGGUUUUCAAGUUUUUGCUGGGUUAGCUAAGAUUUGUCUCUAAAUUUGUUCAUUAUUUUUUUUUUGGUACGCUAAAUUUAUUGUUUGCGUGAAUAUUUUGUUGAGUGAUUAGAGGUUGUUCAAGAAACUUAGAGAAGAUGAUUACUGUUAAUCCUUCUUAAUUUGUAUAAUUCCAGUUUCUCUCUUCUUCCCUAAUUAUGGGAUUGUGAGGGUGAUUAUUUAUUAAUUGUAAUUAAUACGAUCGCUAAAUGUAUAUAUAA